CAUAACCUCAAAAAAUGUUAAAAAUUCAAAAAUUACCCGGCUUAAAAUCAUAUAAUUAUUUUAAUAAACAAUUAAUUCGUCGGUUCUUUUCUAGACAAUUAAUUUUAGGUAUAGAAACAUCUUGUGAUGACACCGGUUGUGCUAUAGUGGAUGAAAAAGGGAAUAUCUUAGGGGAAGCUCUACAUUCACAGCAACAAAUACAUUUAGAUAAUGGAGGGAUUAUUCCUCCUAUAGCACAAGAUUUACACAGAAAAAACAUUGAAAAAGUCGUUCGGGAUGCUUUAGAUAAUGCUGCAUUAAGAAUCGAUGAUGUAAACGCAAUUGCAGUUACUGUUAAACCUGGUUUACCUAUGUCGUUGGAAAUUGGUACAAAAUACAGCAAAUACUUAUGUAGACAACACAACAAACCGUUAAUCCCAAUUCACCAUAUGCAAGCGCAUGCUUUAACUGCAAGGAUGAUAAAAAAAAUUAAUUUCCCUUUUCUUGUUUUAUUAAUAAGCGGGGGUCACUGCCUUUUAGCGCUUGUAAAAGAUGUGGAAACGUUUUUAUUAUUGGGCGAUUGUCAAAAUGAUGCUCCAGGGGAAGCAUUUGAUAAAACAGCGCGACGAUUAAAAUUAAAAAACAUUCCCGAAUUUUCAAAAAUGUCCGGCGGUCAAGCAAUCGAAGUUGCCGCCUCUAAAUGUACAGAUCCCGGUCGAUUUCAACUUUCUGUACCACUACAACAUUACAAAGAUUGCAACUUUAGUUUGGCAGGGACAAAAACGCAAGUUUUACGAGCGAUUCAACGCGAAGAAAAGCAAUAUGGUGUCCCUCCUGAUGGAAUAAUUCCCCAUGCUUACGACUUAAGCGCAUCUUUUUUAUUAAUCGUAACAAGACAUCUUUGUCAAAGAGUACAACGCGGAAUGGAAUAUUUAAAUCGAAAAGACAUGAUGGGCGAGAAAAAGACUUUGGUCGUUUCCGGUGGGGCUGCUUGUAACAAUUUUAUCGCGAAAGGGUUGCAAAUUGUUUGCGACGAGAUGGGAUACGAUUUAGUGAGGCCCCCAAAGAAGUUAUGUACGGAUAAUGGGGUGAUGAUCGCGUGGAAUGGAAUGGAAAAAUGGUUAAUUAAUAGUGGUAUAACUACAGAUUACGAUUCGGUUUUUACAGAAAAACGUUGUGAUUUAGGGCCAAGAAGUUUAAUUGAUGAUUUAAGAAACGAAGCUAUUAGUUGUAAAUGGAUUAAGUUGACGCAAUUGGCUCAACCUGAAGCGUUUAGAUGAUAAUAAAAACAAAUUUGUUGUAAAUAAAUUUUAAUUUUUAAACUAAA